AUGAGUGAUCAAAGUACCGAGAAGCCUGCAGAUGCAGCACCCAGAAGCCCGCAUGCUCCCGGCGACCUUGCUGGUAGUAGCGACGACUCUCUCACUGAGACCGGGCAGCGUAGUAUCCAGGGAUGGAGAUGGGCCGUUGCCUAUGCAGCGAUGCUGUCUACAACGCUCCUCUUUGCUAUCGACAAUACCAUCGUUGCAAACAUCCAGCCCAGUAUCAUCAACGACUUCGGCCAUCUCGAGCUCAUGACAUGGAUUGGUACCGGCUUCGCUCUCGGCACCAUGUUCAUCUUGCUCUGGGGCAAAGUAUACGGCGUUUUCAACAUCAAAUGGGUCUACAUCUUCAACAUCUUCCUCUUCGAGGCCGGGAGCGCGGUAUGCGGUGCUGCACCUAAUAUUCAAGCACUCAUAAUCGGCCGUGUCAUCGCUGGCAUUGGUGGUUCUGGAAUGUAUUCUGGCACCUUGACAUAUGUCUCUGUCCUUACCAAUGAGCAAGAGAAGCCAGCAUAUCUUGCUGGAAGUACCGUUGUCUGGGGCAUUGGCAGUGUUCUUGGUCCUGUUGUUGGUGGCGCAUUCGCAACAAGCAGCGCGACCUGGAGAUGGGGAUUUUACAUCAAUCUUCCCAUCGGUGCUGUUUUUGCUCCUGCAUACUUCCUGCUAUUCCCCAGUACUGAUCCCAACCCUACCAAAACCCUGGCAGAGAAGCUCCGCCUUGUGGAUUGGAUCAACGCAGUCAUCUUCUUGGCGGGAUCUGCUUGUCUGACCGUUGCGCUGACCUUUGGCGGUGUCGUCUAUUCAUUUCACUCGGGCACAAUAAUCGCACUCUGGACUGUCACCGGCGUUCUACUGGCGGCUUUCAUUGUUCUACUCAAAAUACAUCCUCUAGUCUCUAAGGAAAACCGCUUGUAUCCCUUGCACUUCUUCAAGAAGUGGAUUCUUAUCAACAUGCAGCUCCAAGUCUUUUUAUCUUCUGGCAUCAUCUUAGCCAUGACUUACUUCGUCCCGUUGUAUUUUCAGUUCAUCAAGGGCGAUGGAGCACUCGAGGCUGGCGUUCGUUUACUGCCUUUGAUCAUGUUUAUGGUUGCUGUCUCGAUGUUAAAUGGCUUCCUGAUGCCAAAAUACGGACUGAUCCCUUUUUGGUACAUCGGCGGUAGUGCUCUUGCACUCAUCGGUAGUGCUCUAAUGUAUACGAGUGAUGACAAAACAUCUAACGGCAAGGUAUAUGGCUACAACAUACUUGUCGGAGCCGGAGCCGGGUGCUACAUCGUCGCUGGGUUCGCCAUCAUGCAGUCACUGGUCCCAAACCACGAAAUUGCCAACGCACUAACGUUGAACCUAGCCCAGGAUCUCGGAAUGGUGCUUUUUCUCGCUAUCAGUGGCAGUCUGUUCCACAACGUCGCCGUUGACAAAGUAGGCAACGCUCUGCCAAGCGCCUCUGAAACUGAGAUUGGCAACUUGAUUGCGGGCACAAGCAGCGCUGUGUUCAAAGCUCUUUCUGAAGACGAAAAGGCCGUUGUUAUACCAGAGAUCGCAAGUGCUAUGAAGAGCAUCUGGGCCUUUUUCAUGGCGGCCGCUGCCCUCAGUUUUGUGUGCGCUUGUCCACUAGUUACAGAUAAGCUUGGGGGAAAGAAGCUCAAACCAACUGCGAUAGCCUAA